UGGUCUCACAGUGUUGGCUCCUAUCGCCUACGACCGCACUGUCUACCCCUGUUUCCCCAUGACGGCCACAGACGGCUUGUGGCAACCGACGACCGGCCUAUUGACGCAGCGGAGGUGCCCGGCAUUCUAGCAUGAACAGCGGACAAAGCCGCCAUCCCACGAUGCCUGUCUUGGCUCAUGACAAUCUUCUCUUUCCUCGCAAAUGUGUUUGGAUUCUCUCCCGCAAUGACACACAGACAAUCUCUGAUCUUAUAUACCCCUUCACUUGGCUAUGCAUGGGCUUGGACCGGCACUUCGUCUCACCUAAUCCGGCGUCUUGGUUAGACAGAGGGGUCACUAAGUCACUGACGUUCCCGACGUCCUUGUUUACCUACUUUCAUACCCCUCCCUAACAAACUUGCCUAUCAACACAUAUCGUCCCUUUCACCACCUGUUGUAUUCAUGGUAACACUGCGGCCAUGGUCAAAGCGGAUAUGAAAACUUAUAACUCCCGGGUGGAGGAAUUCAGGGAUAGGGAGUACCCCAUGAUCAAAGACUCUAUAUAUCUUGACCAUGCCGGAACAACGCUCUAUGCCAAGUCGCUGGUUGACAGGUUCUCUGCAGAGUUGAUGUCAAACCUAUUGGGCAAUCCCCACUCCGCUUCCCCUUCUUCUCAAUACAGCACUUCUCGCAUUGAAGAUAUUCGCCUCAGACUUCUCCGGUUUUUUAAUGCUGAUCCUGAGGAAUAUGAUUUGAUCUUCGUUUCCAACACUACAGCUGGGAUCAAACUUGUUUCCGACGCCUUCCGGGCCUUGCCAGAGGGCUUUUCUUACGUGUACCACGAGGCUUGCCACACAAGUAUAAUAGGGGUUCGCGAAGAGGCGCGCGAGAGCAGAUGUGUUACGGAUGACGAUGUGAGACAGUGGAUUGAUGGAAAAUCUCCUCUGGAUGAUUCAGACGCCUCGGACUCGCCCGGGCUAUUUUCCUACACGGCCCAGUCUCACAUGGAUGGGCGACGUUACCCAUUAAUGUGGCCAUCUCUGCUGCGAGAAUCGCCUGCCGCUUCGCACCGGCAAUUUUAUACGCUAUUGGACGCAGCCUCGCUAGUGGCAACCUCUCCUCUAGAUCUCAGUAACUCGGAAACGGCACCCGAUUUCACGGUCUUGAGUCUUUACAAAAUCUUUGGCUUUCCAGACCUCGGCGCUUUGAUUGUUAGGAAACAGGCUGAGUCGAUUUUCAACCAAAGGCGCUAUUUUGGUGGCGGUACUGUUGAUAUGGUCGUUUGUGGAAAAGAAAGAUGGCACUCUCUAAAGUCCAUGUUCCUUCACGAGAGGCUGGAGGAUGGCACUCUCCCAUUCCACAAUAUCAUUGGACUUGAUGCUGCUCUAGACGUUCACGCAGAGCUGUUCGGAAGUAUGGCUCGUGUAGCAACGCACACGGCAUUCCUGAGAAACCGACUAUACGAUGGGCUUGCCGGCCUCAAACACGGAAAUGGGUUGCCUGUUUGUACCAUUUAUUCAGAAUGGCGCAACGAUACGUCGGUGGGAAGCGGGCCACUCAUCUCAUUUAAUGUUCGCGACAGUGCCGGAGCCUGGAUCAGUCUGUACGAGCUCGAAAAGCUCGCCACGCUGAAGAACCUACAUAUCCGGACCGGCGGUGUCUGUAGUCCCGGAGGCAUCGCUUCGGCACUCGGCCUGAGCCCAUGGGAAAUGAGAAAAAAUUUCUCGGCAGGGUUCCGCUGCGGUACUGACCAAGAUGUCAUCGCUGGAAAGCCGACUGGCGUGAUUCGAGCAAGUCUAGGUGCGAUGAGCACUAUUUCAGACGUUGACUUCCUAGUCGACUUUAUCGAUGAAUUCUACCGAGAAGAAGUGGCAGACGAAGACUAUCGCGCCGAAAUAACAACAUCGUCGAUAAGGAUCCAAGUCCAGAGCAUAAGCGUCUAUCCGAUUAAAAGCUGCGGCAGUUUUGCCGUUCCAUUUGGUAUGGCUUGGGAAAUCAUGCCAGAAGGUCUGGCUUGGGACAGAGAAUGGUGUCUUGUGCACCAAGGGUCAGGACAAGCACUGAGCCAGAAGAGGUAUCCUAAGAUGGCCCUCAUCAAACCCACUCUUGACUUCGAUGACGGCGUGUUGCGCGUAGCGUACAGAGGGAGGAAACCUUCUCACGUACCCAACGAGAUCUCAGUUCCCCUAUCUGCGGAUCCCACUUACUUCGAAACGAAUGGCUGCCCUCGUGAGAGGUCCUCACGAGUAUGCGGCGACAAGAUUACGACACAAGUCUAUGCUUCCGACUACGUGAACGACUUCUUCAGCGAUAUUCUCGGCGUGCCAUGCGUACUGGCACGGUUUCCAGCGGGAGGACAGGGACCAAGCAUGCGUCACUCGAAAGCCAAGGUGCAAAAACAUCAGCAAUCACAAGUCGGGCCCCCAAGGGUGAGUCUUGGGGCGUCUCCAGAACUACCCUCCCCGCCAGACUCGGACUCUGAGCAAUCACCAGCAAAGAUUCUCCUUUCCAACGAAAGUCCAAUACUCCUGAUCAACACGUCAAGUUUACGUGCUCUGAACCACGAAAUCCAGGCGACUGGCGGGAAACCAGUUCCUUCCGAGGCAUUCCGAGCCAACAUAUUGGUCGGGCCAACUCAGGACUCUGACCAUAUCCCGUGGGUAGAGGAUGAAUGGAAGAAACUCACAAUUGGUGGUGAGGACUUCACAAUGCUGGGAUCCUGCCGUAGAUGCCAGAUGGUUUGCGUUGAUCAAGAGAGCGGCGAAAGGCACCAGGAGCCGUUCGUGACGCUGACCAAGGUUAGAAGGUUCGAUGGCAAGGUGUACUUUGGCACGCACAUGAGCCAUGAGCCCACCACGAAAUUGCUCAGAGAAAGAACGCAAUGCCCGUUGAUCAGAGUUGGUGAUAUGGUCAGCAUAGAAGCAUAGUGCAGAGUACUUCGGGAAGGCCCGGCAGGUAUUGAUUAAUAAAAAGAACCGCUGCCGGUACGAGCCCUCCAUCGUUGACAGACUAUGAAGAGAGCGGCUGCUCCUUUCUAAUCAACUAAGACUACCCGCCCGCCUUGGCUGUAGACUUCGCUUUUUUUGAGCAGCAAGCUUGCUUAGGCAGUUGCUGCCAGAAGAAACAACUACCUCUUAUCAGG